AUGGGGGCCAAGGCGGCGCACCGGCGUGGGGUGCUGGACCUGGAGGCGCAGUUCGCCUUCUUCCGGUCGCAGCACCGGCACCCCGUGAACGCGGCGGCGCACGCGCUGCUCAGCUGGCCCAUCCUCUUCACCAACCUCCUCAUCCUCCACUUCCUGCCGCUGCCGCUGCCGCUGCCGCUGCCCGUUCCCCCCGCGCUGGCCCUCACGCUCGCCUACGCCGCCGCCUACGUCGCCGUCGACCGCCGAGCCGGCGCGCUCGCGGGGAAGAAGGGGCCGACUGUGAGUGAUCUUCCCGAGGUGUUCUUAAUGGAGCCGUUCCUCAUCUUCCUGCAGAUACUGAACAAGCUGUUCGGCUACGAGCCGUACCAUGGGUUCUGCAAGAACGUGGAGAGGAAGAUGGAAGCUGAUCUCAGGGAGAGCAGAGAGCUGAAGGAGAGGAAGACAACCUGA